AGGAUCUUCAGUGAAAACUAUUGGAUGUCGACAGCACAUAAUAUUUCUGCUGUUACUUUAUCAAAUGCAGUUGUGUCGUUACUGUUUUGCAAGAAAAGCUGCAUGCUAAGAUAGCCUAAUCAUACUAUCAUGGUCCUAGACUGUAUAUCUAGAUCUUUUACGUACAACUGUAACAGCAAUGACCUUCUGGUUCAAAACGUGUGCAAAGAGACAAUUCAACAACUACUGUUGCUGCCGCUUCAAAAUACCGACACGUCACAGUGUACAACACAGUACCAUACCACGGUACUGUGCGCGGUAUUGCACCAUGCGCGCAACAUGUGUCACACCAGUCCGGUUUCCGAGGAUAGAGUUGGAUUGAGAGAUGCCCAAACGGCGACGAACAUCCAAAAGUUUCAAUGUGUCUGCAACGAAAUACUCCCUUACUAACAAAAGCUUACGUACAGAAGUAGGUGUGGCGAUUGGCGUUAGUAUGGCAGCAAUGAUGGUUUGCAUAUUGGUUGGAGUGACUUUCAACAAAACACAAUCUUCAGAUGCAUUGUCUGCAAGAUCACAUCAUGUGGUUGAUCGUCCAACGAAGCUAAUGUUAGCAGCUUACACUGGAGAUGCAGAUCUCGUCAAGAGAUUACUACAACAAGCAAAAGAAAGUGAAGCUGAUACAUACAUUGCUCUACUGGAAGCAGUAGACCGUCGAGGAAUGGCCACCCUUCAUUAUGCGUUAGAAGGAAGAAACAACGACCUGCAAAGACAGUCAAUGACACUUCACGGAAACCACGAGGAUGUUACCGAAUUAUUGGCAUCGGAUCCAUCGUACAACAACAGCUUGCAAUGUCCCAUUUACUAUGCCGUUCACUAUCGAAACAUGAAGGCUAUAGAAAGCUUAGUGAGACAUACAUCAGCUGACAGUCUCAUGGAUUGUCUUCUGCAGCAAGACUUGUAUGGUUACUGUGCUGUCCAUGUUGCAGCUCGAUCGAAAGCAUCAGGAUUUGCUCGUUUCUUUCUUCGUUUGUUUGACAAAACACAGAAGCAAAUACGAACUCCUCACAAUACAAAGAUCUUUGACUUGUUGGGUCUCACAAUUCUACGGGUCGAGACCAAUGGAAAAUUAACAUUUAAUGCUAUUACUGAUGCCAUUUCAGCUCGUGAUAUGGAGCUAUUACUACAAGUUGGUGAGUCAUCGAAUCGCCUAGCAGAAUUACUGCAAGUACAAGAUCACAAUGGAAACACACCACUCCACCUGGCUGCGGCAUCAGGCAAGCUAGAGCUAGUUAGGUUGCUAGUAACAAAAGGAUCUGCACAUAUUAUUACCAGUCCAAACAGUUUUGGUUACACUCCAGCAAGCUUAGCAUUGGCUAGAGGCUUCACUGAUGUCCACAGAAUGCUAAUGGCAUCAGUUACGACAGAUGGCAAGGAAACAAACAAAGCCCAACAACCAAUUAAUGAAGGCAAUAAUACAUGGAAUUCAGAAGCUGAUACUACAUAUACAAAUGACAGUUGGAACCAACAUCAUCAUUUCACCAAACCUCUCCCUUCAUGGUUAUACAAAUGUGGCUGUCAGCUGAAGAGAUUAAAUGACCAUUCAUCAAAUGUGUUCUACCACGAGCAUAUAUUCAAACAGCAACCAGUAAUUCUGAGAUUUACCGGACUGAAUACAUUAGCAAACACUAGCAACAUAUGGAAUAAAGAAAAUUUCUUGAAAAAAUACGGCAACCGUCAAGUCACAGCAGCUUCAAUACCAUAUGCUGAUCUUUAUGGCCUCUCUCAAGAAACACAUACUACGACAGUUUACCAGUUUGUGGAGAAAUACAUGGAUCCCAUCAGACCAAGCAACUCACAGUUUCAGCCUUACAUAUUUGAUGCACGGCUUCUUCAUACCGAUACAGAACUACGUUCAGAAAUCAAAUUGCCAGCUCUGUUUAACAACUACAGUGUUGUUCUUCGACAAUUUAUUAUGGGACCACCGGGAUCUGGUUCACCGCCACAUUUUCAUGGAAAUGCGUAUAACACCCUCAUUAUUGGAAGGAAACUUUGGUUCCUUUAUCCUACAAUAAAGUCGUAUUUUUCCCGUAAGCCAAUAUUUGACUGGCUAAAUGAGGAUUGGGAAGAAGACAGGUUGGCAGGAGGAGUGUUGAUUUGUACUCAAGAGCAAAAUGAUGUUAUCUUUGUUCCUGAAAACUGGGGCCAUGCUGUAAUUAAUUUAGAGAACAGUAUUGCAGUUGCGAUUGAGUUUAACAUUUGACUCUACAAUUUUACAACAGAAAUCUCUACUUUCCUACUAUUACUUCUACGAAAUUCUGCUAAUAAAGUUAUGAAUGCAUCAAAGUCAAAGAAUAAAACUGAUAAUACCCAGUAAUAAUGAUACCAAUUGAAAAA